AUGAAAUUUAAAACUGUAGCAGCUUUACUGGACGGUGUGCACACAGAUUUUGUAGCGUCGGUUUUCGAGGAUACUACCUUUAUUGCGGUCACUCAAAAUUCAAAACUGGGAACGUUGUAUCUGGUUAAGCCAGAAUCUUGUACAUUGGAAGAUCAAGGAUACGACAUAAAAGUGCUAUUUGGCCGAGAAGACGAUAAUCAAACUUCGAGUAUUGUUAGUUUAAUGCGAGCAUUAAACGUUAACAGCAGAACUAUUAUUUCUCUUAUGAUUGAAAACACUAACUUCAGAACUUUAAGAGCUGUACAACAGGUCUUAUCUACACUGAUUUAA